AUGACAAAAGAAAGCGGUUGUGAAAUGAACUGGAAUAUAAAACGUGUUUGCCUUCACCAAAUAUCGGAGGUAGAAGCUGAAACAAUACCAGAAGUUAAACGUAGUCAUGAAAUUUGUUUAUUUGGUGAUUUGCUGUUGCUAACCGCUUAUGCCUUACACAGCAGAUAUUGUUACUUAUCUACAAAGUUUAGUCUCUAUAGAGAUUCCUUUUUAAGUCAAUCAAAGUCAAAAUCUUGUUUCUUGAAUAAUCAAGCAGGAAAAGUUUAA